AUGCCGUCGGUCGUCCGGUCUGCCUCUCCCCGCCAUAAUGGCAUCACCAAGUUCACCAACUGCCGGCUUCUCCGCGGGGAAGAGCUGGUAUGGGAUGACGUCUGGGUCAGUUCGGCCACGGGCAAAGUAAUCCGCAGCCAGACGGCAUUCUACGAUGAGUUCAUCAUGCCGGACGAGGUCGUCGACUUGGGCGGCCGCAUCCUGUCGCCGGGCUUCAUCGAGUGCCAGCUCAACGGCGCAUAUGGCUUCAACUUUUCCACCGAUAACGAUAUGCCGCAGUACGGCAAGCAGCUUCGGGAUCUGAACAAGAAGCUGGUCCAGACCGGGGUUACUUCGUACAUCCCGACGGUGACGAGCCAGUCUAGGAGUCUUUACAAGAAGGUCCUCCCCUAUCUUGGACCUUCAGGAGCUUCCCGUCGCCCGCAGGACGGUGCCGAGUCUCUCGGAGCCCACGUCGAAGGCCCCUUUCUCAACCCGACCAAGAAUGGCGUGCAUAAUCCGGCCAUCCUCCGGGUCGCCGAGUCCUUCUCCGACCUAGAGGAGAUGUACGGCGCGGCCAACCUCACUCCGGCCUCCGAGUUCGACCCUGCUCCCUCCAGCCCCUCAUCAUCCUCCUCCUCUGUCCGAUCCAGAUCAUCAUCAGACCCCCUCUCAUCCGCCCCCAUCAAAAUGAUCACAGCCGCCCCCGAACUCGGUGCCAUGACCUCACUCAUCCCAGCCCUCACCGCGCGCGGGAUCCUCGUCUCCAUUGGCCACUCCGAAGCAACCUACGAAGAAGCCUCCACCGCCGUCACCGCCGGCGCGACCAUGAUCACCCACCUCUUCAACGCCAUGAGGCCCCUGCACCACCGCAACCCAGGCAUCUUCGGUGUCCUGGGCGUGGCGCCGGCCCCCAACGACCAAGACAAACGCCCUUACUUUGGCCUCAUCGCUGAUGGCAUUCACCUGCAUCCGGCCACGGUCAAGAUUGCGUGGCACGCCCACCCGGCUGGGAUGAUCCUCGUGACCGAUGCUAUGCAUAUGGUGGGUUUGCCUGACGGGCGGUAUCCGUGGACGAAUGGAGAGGGGGAGCAUUAUAUUGUGAAGAAGGGGAAUGUGCUGGAGUUGGAGGGGACGGGUAUCAUUGCUGGGAGCUCCACAACCCUAAUAGAAUGCGUCUCCAACUUCCUCAACUACACCGGUGCCACCAUCCCGCAGGCCCUGCGCGCCGUCACAGCCACGCCUGCGGCCAUGCUCGGCGUGGACGGUGUCAAAGGGUGCUUGGACGCUGGCGCAGAUGCUGACUUGGUUGUGCUCUCUGAACUGGGGUUCCCUGAAAAGGGGAGUGAAAGGGAGGGUGGGGAUGGACGGCGGGAGUUGGUGGUGGAUGAGGUGUGGAAGUUUGGGGUGAGGGUUUUUUGA